AUGAGCUCAAACUCUAGAAAUUCUAUGUUAUUAAAUCUUAAAAAUGUUGAUGGUUUAGUUGAUCAACAAUCUGAUUUACUGGUAGAUCCACGUAAAGUUCUAUUAUCAGCAAGUGAACAGGAAAAAGAAGAUGAACGAAUGUGGCAAGGCGCAAAUGAUAUAUUUUCAGAAAAAGCAGACAUAGAUCCCUUGUACGCAUUAGGUCGAGGAUGUAUAUCUUUUUUAAAAGCAAUCACAACAUUUGAUGAAAAUGAUAUAUCAUUAGCAAUUGAGAAUUUAAAAAUGGCAGAAAAAUUAGCAAGUGCACAAAUUCAAAUAUUAAAAUCAAAUAAUAGCCCCGGAGCAAGUAUAAGUAAAAUGUUCCAAUCGGGUUUUGGUUAUUUUGGUGCAAAUAAUAAAAUUUAUAUGACAAAUGCUCAAAUAAGAAAUACAGUAAUUCAAGCAGAAUCAGUUUUACUGAUUGCACUCAUUCAGCUAUUGCAGGAAAGCAUGGUUAGUUAUGUGAAAGCUGGGUUGAAUUUAAGAAAAGGAUAUAAAAACUACGAGACAGUUUGGAACGAAAUUAAUAGACCCGGUUUUAAUACACCAUUAGAUAAACAUACUCAGGGUGGAAUAGAAUUUGGUUACGGAACUUGUAAUCUCGUACUAUCAUUUCUACCAGGAAAAAUUAUAAGGAUUAUAUCAGCUAUUGGGUAUCGAGGUAAUAGAGAAUUAGGCUUAGAAUUGUUGGAUGCGGCUUUAAAAGGAAGAGGCAUUAGAUCUCCAUUGGCAUCGUUAUUGUAUGUAUUUUAA